AUGUUCAGAAAGAUCAAUAAUGUGUUCCGUCCCAACCAUCAUGGACAGAGAGGUCGGGAUGGUGGUGGUGGUAGUGGGUGUCGGGAAGAGCAGGACUACCACAACGCUUGCACUGUCAGGCUGGUGCGCAGCACCUCCAUGCUCGUUGUAGGAGAGAAAACUCAGGCAGCUGCGGGCUCGACUUUAAAACGGAGCAAAAGCACAGUGAGCAUCGAGUCGACCUUGUACUAUUAUCAGAGACAAGAGGACAGGAUAUGGCUGUACUCACAGAAUCAGAACUGCCUUGAAUACCUGGAAGCGCUUGUGGCUCUGAGGAGGCAGUACAUGAAGAGUGUGAGCGACUUGAAGGGUACAGACGCAAAGGCCACAGUUUCUUCCAAGAAGAAGCCUGCGCCCUCGCCGCCUAAAAAGGAGGGACCGAUAUCAAGAGCCAAACCCUCAGCACCCCCAGUUCCAACUGAGGACGACACUUUGCAGUUCUUUGAUGCGGUCAUUGCCAGCUGUGACAGCGAACCUCUGCGCAAGCCAUACAAGGAUGAUGGGCACGCAGACGUGGAUUUUAUUGUGGCCUCCAGCUCGGCCGAACAUGACCUCCACUCUAACUGGGUCUUGCGAGUUCCUCGAGUCUCAGAUGCUUCGGACCAGACAGCAGUUCCUGACUGUGCCAACGAAAGGAUCCCCACGAAGAAGAAACAGAGCGGGUCUACGAGCAGCAGGCUGCGACUUCAGAGAAACCCGAUCCACCUGCCCAAAGUGGUGGAGAGCGCAUUCCAGACACUGCGCUUCAAGCCCAAAUUAAAGAAGCAAUGA